CUACUUUUUAAUCUUUUUUAAUAACUUAUUUCAAUGCUGCUACAUGCUUCCAUUGAAUAAAUACAACUCACCAUGUAAUAUUUGUUAUACAUACAUACUAGUUGUCGAGUAGUAUGAACGAAUACACGAGAUACGAUACGACACCGAACGAACAUACAUAGUUAAUCCUAACGAGACGCCAAAAGAUUAAAUAUGCUUUAAUAAUUCAAGAAACUCAAAAUAGCAAAAAAAUCAAAAUAAACAUUAGGUGGCCUCCAAACGAAGACAAUAAUCAGUAGAAGCGGAAAAAGAACUACAAGAACUAUAUAAUAUCCCUACCUACUUUACAUAGCACGACGCGCGAUUGUUUGUGGCUGAGAGCAAGGUUGAUCGAUCGAUUGAAUCCUACUUACUCUUCUCCUCUUCCUUCUCUUACUCUCGCCAUUACUUACUCACUUCAUUGGAUGCCUCAAUUACUCUCUUACCCUUCUCUAUUUUUAUUAUUCGCCCAAUUCAUGCUCCCGUCGUGAAUCACAGCUACGAUUGCGGACACCUAAACAGCCGUAUAGUUUCGAUGCGCCGCUAUUCGAACAACCUACCACGAUCCACCACUCGAACAAUCGACCCUCUUGGGAUUGGAUCACCACCAGCCACGCACCGCUUGUUUACGUUACCAUCCCGAAACAAAAGGACAGACCCCCGUAUCCGAUGAAUUCCAGCGAAACCCACGCCAAUGGCGGCGCGGGGCUUGAGAAGACGAUGGGGGUUCCUGAGGAGAAACCCCCGGUGAUCGACGCCGGAUUGCGGAGUUUGGAUCAUUACAAGCGCGCCCUUCCAAAAUGGCGCUACGACUUGCGACAACGAGCACUUCCCCUCGUCAGAUGGGAAACACCGUACCUAGCAUGGCUGCAGGCUACUUUGCGCUCCCACCCGCUCGAUAGCUAUUUCGCCAUCACGGCCAACCUCGGCACACAUACGUUCUUUAUGAUUGGGUUACCUAUCUUGUUCUGGUGCGGGAAUGCCUCUUUUGGAAAAGGAAUCGUACAUAUUCUUGCUACCGGUGUCUUCUUCACUGGGUUUGUAAAAGACUUUUUCUCCUUACCGCGACCAUUAUCACCACCCCUCCACCGAAUCACCAUGUCCGGCUCCGCAGCGCUCGAGUACGGCUUCCCCUCGACGCAUUCUGCGAACGCUGUCUCAGUCGCGGUAUAUGCCCUCUUAUGCCUAAGGUCACCCGAGAAUUCGUUUCAACCUAGCACUCAAUCUGCUCUCGAAGCACUAGCCUACUUUUAUGCGAUUAGCAUUGUCUUCGGUCGCCUCUACUGCGGUAUGCAUGGCUUCGUCGACGUUAUCGUGGGGUCCAUUAUGGGUGCCAUUAUCUCCCUCGUUGAGUUCCAUUAUGGGCCCACUUUAAAUUCGUAUCUCCUAGAAAAUGGCUGGACAAGCCUCUGUAAUCUGUUACUAGUUAUCAUUAUUCUUAUUAGGAUUCAUCCGGAGCCCGCGGACGACUGUCCCUGCUUCGAUGACAGUGUUGCAUUCGCAGGCGUCAUGAUGGGUCUCGAGAUCGGCACGUGGCGCUUCGGCCGUUCGUCAUGGGCCGAUAUUCCUUUUGACCUACAAGCACUAGGCUGGCCCGCAGUAAUCCUACGGAUCUUAUUCGGGGUUCUCGUCAUUUUCGCUUGGCGCGAGAUAGCUAAACCCUCGCUACUGCGCGGCCUACCGCAUCUAUUCCGCCUUAUCGAAGAUAAGGGUCUUGAUCUACCGCGCCGGUUCUUCAUGCCGGCUUCCGAGUACAAAAACAUCCCCCUCCGUUUGCGCGUUGACAACGUCAUGCCUAACGUCAGCGACUUGCCAAACCUCAUUACGGCUGUCCGUUACCCGGGCCGCGGUAGGUCCGUGAGUGUGGGGCCGCAGAGCGCGGCAGAUGCGUACGAGACCCUAGCAUACCGCGAGCGCAGGCGCCGUGAGAGCGUUGAUAGUACCUCGGGCAUGCAGAUUAAAGAGACCGUGGAGAAUAUUCAAGGCACAGGUGAUGACACUAACGGCACGCAUAACCCUAUUAAUAGCAACAACCAUAACAGCCCUAGCAAUACCAACCAUACCACAGCAAGGAGCUCGGCUGUGAACCACCCCCGGCCGAGCGACUUUGAGAAGAUGAUGGGCGAGGGUAUCGUCAUAGUCUCUCCAGCACAAGAAACGGGUGAUGAGAAGAAAGGCAGAGACGCGGAAGAACCAGAACCGGACGUAUAUAUUGGGCAGCAUGACGAGCUGGGUGAGAAGGAGGUCUUCUCAAAACUAAUAAAGCCGCGCGUGCGGUAUGAUGUUGAGGUGGUUACGAAGCUUGUUGUUUAUGCUGGCAUCGGCUGGCUCGCUGUCGAAAUCAUACCCAUUCUGCACCAGGUUAUCCCCGGUCUCAGCACCGGACACUUCUGGCCCACGUGAGUGCGGGACAGAUAUACAUACUCGCACAGGUUUUGGAAAUUAAUGAGCCACUGUGGCUGGUUGGUUGUACGCAGUAGGUGCCGCGAUGGAUAGACAUAGACAUUGUCUCGGGGAUAAUUCGUGUACACAACUUUUUGCGACAAGGCGAUGCGAUACGAUGCUAUGCGGGAAGCGGUGGUGGUUAUGUUUCUUUGGCUUGUCUUACACACUUACACACACCCCGAUACGAUUGAGCGGCUGGGUGCGUCAGGAUACUUUUGCCCCUUUUCUUCCUCCUCUUAUUCUGCUUCUUCUUGGGUAGGGCUUGGUGGUUUCGUUUCAUGUGUAUAUAUGUUAGUAUAUAUACCUAGGUAUAUAUUAUAUUAUAUUAUAUACUUUUAUGGGUA